AUGAUGAAUGGUACUCCUAGUUCGCGAAGGCGUGAUUCACUACAGUCGGGUAUAUUUUAACGUUUGUAGUCAAUGCUCCGUCUCCUCUCGGGCUAGACUGAAGAAGUCAAAAUACGUAUUCAGUUUACUGUGUAGUAUUUGCAAGACGUUUAAGUGUUUUAAGCGUGAACAUGGAGAGUAUGUUGAUUGGAUUGGUGGCUAAUGCAUAUAUUGAAUCAAUGGUUGAGAAUGUGCGACAAAAACUUAAAGCGGAAGGGUACCACCACUGGAAACUGGAUAGAUACGAAUUCAAAUAUUCUGCUCCUAAUCCGAGUAUAUUUAAACUUCGAGUGCUGUUAAACAAAAUUCUAGUGACUGGCGCAGAUAAAAUUGAAGCCAAGAAUAUUGAAUACGAUCCAACCACUACUUCUAUAAAAUUCGAAAUAUUAUUACCCGAGUUGGUUAUUAAAUCAGGUAAAUCAUCCAUCGUGGCGUCUCUUUGCGACAAGAAUUUUGACAGAAGGUUAAGUGGACGAGUUAUUGUGAACAAUCUACGAAUAUUGUGUAAAACUGAAUUGAGAAUAACCGAAAGCAAACAACUGGAUUUACAAAACACUGAAGCCAAAAUGACUGUGGGAGGCAUGAUGUCUGACAUCCAUUUCACCUUUCUCGAUAAGGACUUUUCUGAGAUCAUUAAUACAUUUCUGAGCGUUGCGGUGCCUGAAUUUAUCCAAUCGCAUGGGGACAAAUGUAAAGAAAUAUUGGAUUUAAUUAAGGAGAAUGCUACUGGGUCUGCUGGAAGUGCUAUAAACAAUAUGUUUUAAAUUUCCUAUUACUAAUGGCUGAUUCUUCCCGCUACGGUUAGGUUCAUUCGGACCAAUCAAAUAAAUUUGUUUUUAUACAUACUUAUAUAUAAGUUUUAUUAAUUGGUUCAUCUUAAUCAUUAUCGCUUAGUUAGCGGUUGCGGUAGAUCAUUUGAAUCGGCUGUUAUAUAAUACGAACGACGAUAUAAUAUAAAUAAGCAAAAUCAUAAUCAUUACAAACAAGAUUAUACACGCAUUAGCGUACAAUAUGUUAUAAUGUAAAGUAUAAAAUGUGUAUGUUUUAACCAAUAAACUAAUUAAAUUUCAA